AUGGGAAUCUUCAGCAAGUUCGCAGCUGCACUAGUAGCUAUUCCUUCUGCUGUACUCGGCGGUAUGACAACAUUCCUGUUCGCCUCUGUCGCGACUAGCGGUCUGCGUAUCAUUUCAACGAUCCCAUUCUCCCGCCGCAAUCGCUUCAUCCUAGCUGCAGCAUUCGCCCCUGGAUUUGGUGCUACUCUUGUUCCUACCCAUGUCUUUACAUACUCCGGCAGCAACCAAGCUCUUGAAGGUUUCUUCAACGCCAUUGUACUAGUCAUGGAGCAAGGCUUCGCUGUUGCUGCCUUCGUCGCUCUGAUUCUCAACUUGAUCUUGCCCGAAGAGAUGGAGGACGAAGAGAUUCCUGAGUUGACUGCCAACACUAUCGAUGCACCAGCAGACGAGGAAGAAUGGCGACACAUCAGAAGGGAAGGUGAGAGUGAGAAGAUCUCGCCUAUCAGAACUAAGCUGAAUGGCCCAGAGGCCAUUCAGCUCUAG